UCAAGGAAGAUUAGUCUUAAUAGGAUUGGCUACUUAACGGGUGGUUGCCAUGUCUAUUGCAAAACCUUCGUAGUGUUUACUUAACAGAAGAAUAUGGACCCCUCUUGCCACCUGUUUCUUCUUCUUUUUCUUCUUUUCUUUCCGGGGACAAGUCUGGUGGAUUCGUCUUGUAUCGCAGGAUGCUCUUGCACGAAUGAGCAUUUUGGAAGGAGUUUGUUUUGCCUCUCUGGAUCCCUGAAAAAGAUUCUGGAAGAAGUCCCUCAAGACAUCAAAAAAAUCCGAAUAGAGAACUCUCACCUGACUGAAUUGCCUCGUGGGGCAUUCGCCAAUGUCAGUGCCUUGGAAUAUCUCUGGCUGAAUUUUAAUAACAUCACGGUCAUGCAUCUGAAAAGUCUGGAGUACCUCAAGGAUUUGCUUGAGCUGAGGCUGCAGGGGAAUAAACUGCGUUCAGUACCAUGGACAGCGUUCCAGGCGACUCCGGCACUCAAAAUCCUGGAUCUAAAACACAAUAAGCUCGACGUCCUCCCAGAACAUGCCCUCCGCUACCUGCCCAACUUGACUUACUUAGACUUGUCUUCCAAUCAACUGACAGUCAUCUCCCGGGACGUUUUCUAUUACUGGCAAGAGAAAAAGGCGGGGGCUUCGUUGAACACAGUGUUGGCCUUGCACGAUAACCCAUGGAUGUGUGACUGUCGCCUGCGGGGGUUUGUCCAGUUCAUCCAGGCCAUUGGCCCGCCCCUCAUUCUGAUGAAUUCCUACUUAACUUGUGCCAGCCCCCCCUUUCGGGAAGGAAAAUACUUCCAUGAGGUGGAACUGCACAGCUGCAUGAAGCCUGUGGUGUUGGCCACCGAGCCCAACGUCACCGUGAUGGUCGGGCUAAAUGUCACCUUGACCUGUAUGGUGCAGGGCAGACCCUCCUCGGCAAUCUGGUGGAACUACACCCUGAAACAUCUACGGGCGUUUAACGUGUCCACGAGUCAUAUCAGUGAAAAUACAGUCAAGUCAGACUUGGUGAUUCCUUCAGUCUAUGCUAUGGAUCGGGGCAACUAUACCUGCACGGCCACCAAUUUCCUGGGCAACACCUCGGCCACAAUCAUGCUGAAUGUUCAAGCCCUCAGCACAAUGGCGUCUUCCUUCUCCUCAUCCUUCUCAAGGGAGAAUCCCUCCAUCGAUGUGAGAAUUGCGAAGCAGACGGUCUACGGGAUCACGCUGGAAUGGUACACCAUAUCCGAGAAUCCAGGGGAAGCCUGGUACACCCUCCAUUUUGGGAAGUAUGACGCCAAGAAGGAGAUGAUUUACAUGGCCCCUGGCGUCAACAGCUAUUCAGUCAAUGACCUGCUUCCUACAAAGUGCGAAGUGGCGUGUGGAGCUCAGGGGCCAGGAAUUUUAAAGGGGACGUGCAUUGCUCUUGUGACAGGAAAUGACAUCAGUGAACUGGAACAGCGAGAAAAGCUCAUCCACAUCAUUAUCAUUGUGUGCGCCAUGGUCCUGGCUGUCCCUGCCGGGAUGUACGCCUGCACCACCGAGACCCGGCUUAAUUGCCCGCGGAAAUGCCCCGACAUCUGCCACAAGAAGAGGAAAGCGAAAACGCUUCGAGGAGUCAAUAAGGAGAGCACGUUCGACAGCUUGCCGACGGGCAGCGAUGAGGGGUUAUGCCAGCCGGACUCCAGCGAUAGCAAAAAGACCCUGAAAAUAUUUGAGGACAAGAAGGCGACAGGCAAGCAGAAAUCUGAACACGGAAAUAAUGCAGAUCUGUAUUAGGCGAUCUCCACGUACUAUGGUGUAUUAGGCAAGAGGUAGGCAAAUAUGGGCUUGUUACUUGCUGAGGCUGAUUCCUCACCCUCCUGCCCCCACUCCACUCCAUGAAAGUCAUGCCAAAAGUGUUCUCGCUUUUCCUGCAGAAAUAUGGUUCCGGUUUUUAUUCUUAUUAUUGCAAAUCAGUUUUUAUGGUAUGUUUUUAAGUUGGUUUAUCAUUGUUGUUCACUGCCCUGAGCCCAUAGGGGGAGGGCA